AUGGAUAGCAAAGAUAUCAUCAAUCCCAUCAACGGGACUUUUCUCCCUCAUCUCUUACUACCACUGAGUCAACUUCUGGCAUUGACUUUACCACCGUUCAAACUGCGGAAACACAUUUUUGUCCCCAUCAUUGCUGGCCUCCUGGGUGCCACAUACACUACACACUUUGCCAAUACAGCCGCAGGACGCGCACUUGCUGGUGCUCACUGGACUGUUGCUCUCGGGACCUUGGAGAAGCUUCUCUUUGGAGUUCCAGAACAAGACUAUUGGCGUAAUGGUAAGCCUCGUCAAGAGGCUAUGGCCAUGUCCUUUGGUUUUGCAAAAUUACGUUGGGCCCUGUCGCUACUUGCGACCCAGCGAGGCAUUGGCUGGAAUUUCCAAGUUAAGGGUGUUCCCUCAAUGAAAGCACCUGAGAGCAAAUGGCCUUUCUUGGUAUAUCAGUUUCAGAAAUGGGCAAAGAGCUACAUCCUUUCUGACUUGCUCUACACGUAUUUUGAUACAUAUCACCACUAUGAAGGAAUCAAUAUGGCCUUCAUGGAUCUCAGAGCCCGCACAUGGUCCGGUUCUUUUCUCAAUGCCUUUUGCGCUGGAGCCAAAUUGUACUUCCCCAUUCAGAUGCACUAUUGUUUUGCCUCAAUUGUCUCUCCAAUGCAGGACUGGCCUCCGGCGUUUGGAGACAUCAGCAAAGCCACAAGCGUGCGCAAGUUCUGGGGCUCCUUUUGGCAUCAGUUCAUCAGAAAGAUCUUCGCCGGGUACAGCGACUUUCUUGCUAGGUUCCUAAACCUGAGACCUGGAACAAACUUCAACUCUUAUUUCAAGCUCUAUGUGUCAUUCGCCAUCAGCGGCAUCACACACGGUCUAAUGACUUAUACAAUGCCCGCCAAUCGCUUCCAUAGCUUCAAUGAUCGUUUUUUAUCUGUUUUCACCUGUUUUGUUGGCAACGCUAUGGCUAUUCACUUUGAAGAUAUCGUUAUUAAUAUCUACGGUAGACUCGGCGGUACCAAGAAGGUUGACAAGUUGUGGAAACGACUUAUCAGAAUCCUGGGAGAUAUUACUAUCCACGAGUUCCGUAUUGUCAACAUUCUGAAUAUCCUCAAUCGGCUUACUUCCUUUCCCUUUUCCCUUGCUUUUGUUCCUCUCAAGUACCAAAUCACUCCUAUCACAGUAACAGUCACCUAUUUUCAGCCACUCUGCCCAAAACUCAUCAUGUCAGACACAGUUAUAUCACUUGUUGACUCUUCGAUCUAUAUGCUUCAUGCCGCGAUCCACCAUCCCUAUCGUCUGGCUCUGUAUAUCAUUGUUAUUUACUUUACUCGUCGCAUCCUCAAUCGACUUCUGGUGCCUCCAUCAAUCUCUGUUGCGCCACGUAUUCCCACAUAUCUACCCUUCGGAAUCGACUUUAUCAUCUGGUCCACAUACUACAACUCAACUAACCAAGAUCUUAAGUUAUGGUCAAUGAUCUUCCGUCGUUACGGGCGAGGAACGGCACCAUAUACUGCUGAGGUUGUUCUUGGUGGUGACCGUGUUAUCUUCACCGCAGAUCAUGAGAAUAUCAAAGCUGUCCUGGCCACCAAAUUCUCUGACUAUGGCAAAGGACCAAAGUUUUAUCACGACUGGAAGGAAUUCUUAGGAGAUUCCAUCUUUGCGACUGAUGGCCGACUCUGGCAAGAUGCUCGAGGGUUGAUCAAACCCUUGUUUUUGCGUCAGCGCAUUGAAGACUUGGCUGUCUUUGAGAAGCACACAGUCAAAUUGACUAGAAUGCUCCAAGGUCCCGAGGGUCAACCUAUUGACGUGGAUGUGAAAGAUCUUUUCUUCCGCUUUACACUCGACGUAGCCACGGACUUUCUGUUUGGGCAAGCUAUAAACAGCUUGGAUAACCCCAGAGAACAAUUCAUGGAAGUUUUUAUCUCUGAAACAUUGUCCCUCGAGCGCGAUGAGCUAGAAAAGCUCACGAAAUCUGAUCGCGGCUACACAUUCCUCAGUGCUCUGGCUUUAUACACACGAGAUGCUAAACAGAUACGGGAUCAACUCGUAGCUGUACUUCUCGCUGGUCGAGACACAACGGCAGCCACUCUUUCAUGGGUACUACAUGAGCUUUCAGGCCAUCCGGACAUGGUUCGUCGCCUUCGCCAGGAAAUUGCUCAACAUGUCAAGCCUGGCCAGAAUCCGUCGUUUGCAGAGUUGAAAGCAAUGAAAUAUCUUCAGGCCAUCCUCAAUGAGACCCUUCGCAUGUACCCAGCCAUUCCUUUCAACAUGCGAAUCGCCUUAGACGACACAUCGCUGCCUCGUGGUGGAGGGUCAGAUGGCAAUCAAUUUAUCUCAGUGAAGAAGGAUACAAUCAUUGCAUAUACGCCACUUGUGAUGAUGAGGAGAAGCGACCUGUAUCCAGCCACAUAUAGCAACGGAGACAAGUUUCCAGAUCCCAAUACUUUUGAUCCAGAGCGUUGGCUACACCCUUCAGUAUUACACACUUCUGAGAAGGACGCAUCGGAGAUGAAGGCCAGCGGCUUUAACAACAAAGAAUGGUCACCUCGUCCUUGGACCUACAUUCCUUUCAAUGGCGGUCCUAGAAUCUGCCUUGGGCAGCAGUUUGCUCUCACAGAGAUGGGUUACACGCUUGUGCGCAUCUUUCAACAAUUUGCGCGAGUUGAGCGACGCAUGGAACCGGAUGAGAUGGGUAUUCUGUCGGCGAAUAUUGUUCUCACGCCAAAGAAUGGAGUCAGGGUUGCCUUUUUCAAGGAGGAAGAAGACUGA